CAGCUAAGCCCAGCUCUCUAGCUUGUGACACAGACCAGAUACUGCAAGCAUCAGAACUGGAGACAUGCCCACCAUCGCUUCCCCGUUGCCUCUCUCUACCAUCGGUUCUGAGAACAGCAGCUCCAUCUACGACUACGACUAUGACUACGACUUAGAUGAUGUGACCAUCUUGGUUUGCAGGAAGGAUGAGGUCCUGUCCUUUGCAAGGGUCUUUCUGCCGAUCAUCUACAGCCUAAUCUUCCUGCUGGGCUUGGCCGGCAACCUCCUUCUCCUGGUGGUAUUGCUCCACUCCGUGCCUCGAAGACGGGUGAUUGAGCUUUACCUGCUGAACCUGGCCAUCUCCAACCUCUUGUUUGUAGUGACCAUGCCCUUCUGGGCCAUCUCUGUGGCCUGGCAUUGGGUUUUCGGCAGUUUCUUGUGCAAAGUGGUGAGCACUCUCUACUCUAUUAACUUCUACUGUGGCAUCUUCUUCAUCACCUGUAUGAGCCUGGACAAAUACCUGGAGAUUGUCUACGCUCAGCCCCUCCACAGCUCCAAGGCCCGGUUCAGGAACCUGCUUCUCAUUGCCAUGGUGUGGAUCACGGCCCUGGCCAUCUCUGUCCCAGAAAUGGUCUUUGUGAAGGUCCACCAGACCUCAGAUGGUGUGUGGCACUGCUAUGCGGAUUUUGGCGGACAGGCAACCAUUUGGAAGCUGUACCUGCGCUUCCAGCAGAACCUUCUGGGGUUUCUCCUCCCACUCUUGGCCAUGAUCUUCUUUUACUCUCGAAUUGGUUGCGUUCUGGUCCGGCUGAGGCCACCGGGCCAGGGCCGGGCUCUGAGGAUGGCUGCGGCACUGGUGAUAGUCUUUUUCCUGCUGUGGUUCCCGUACAACCUCACUGUGUUUCUGCACUCGCUGCUGGACCUACAUGUCUUUGGGAACUGUGAGAUCAGCCACCGUCUGGACUAUAUGUUGCAGGUGACAGAGAGCUUGGCCUUCCUCCACUGCUGUUUCACUCCCAUCCUUUAUGCCUUCUCCAGUCGCCGCUUCCGCCAGUACCUGAAGGUGUUCCUGUCUGUGGUGCUGAGAUGGCACCAGGCACCUGGCACCGCCCACACCCCUCCAUCCAGCCACUCUGAGAGCAGCAGGGUUACUGCCCAGGAAGAUGUGGUCAGCAUGAGUGAGCUUGGGGAGAGGCAGGCUGAGGACUCCCUUAACAAGGGGGAGAUGGGGAAUAAUUAGGCCCGAGUGACCAUGCCAUGGUCUGGGACUGGCACUGCUCUCUCUGAGGGACAACAUGGCCGUGCUGCUUGCCCUGUGGUUCCUAACCACCAGCAGUCCUUUCUCACUACUUCCUCUUCCUCUGUCUGUAUCCUGAACCCCAGUGAUUUUCUGCUGUAUCAUUGCAUUUAUCCACCCAUCUCCAUCUAUGGCUUUUCAUGGCUUCCAGCAGCCAAUGAGGUCAUUCCACUCUCAGCCUUCACACCUUCAAGGGCUAUAUGAUCAGUCUGUGACUUCACCUCCACCAUACUCCCUCCUGGUCUCUGGGUUCAGGGCACCCUGGCUUCCACUCAUUUCUGGAGCAUUCCAGGUUCAUUUUAGUAGGGACAGGCUCAGCUAUGCUAUCUUCCUGGACAUUUUCCUUCACCAGCCUUUCUCCUUGGGAAGAGUUUGUUUGGCUCAUUCCUUUCACUUCCUGGAGUUGUGGCUCAGAUCUCACCUUGUUGGCAAGGGAGGGGGCCCCAUCCCCGCCCUGCUUAAUGUCCUGUCU